AUGUCUUCAUUGCAUCACAAAGAGACUGUCUCGAAUACAUCUAUCAAGAUUUGCAAUGAUGGCAGAGAAAAUGGCAACAGCAACAACUGCGACUUAAAAACGGCAGAUGUUAAAGAAGAAUUGGCAACAACAACUGGCAUUUUUAAUAACAAAAAUAUUCAACAACCUUCUACAAGUGGGAAGAAUUUUGUUGAAGAGGAAGACGAUUGUUUAAUUGUUUUUGAAGCUUUAAAUAAUACAACAAAAUGUUCUUCUAAAAAAGAAAAUGAAAUUAAUAAAAGACAAAUAAAAAAUGAAGAAAUAACUGGAGAUUAUUUAAAGAAAAUAUUAAAGGAAGAAAUGAAUGAAGAGAGUGGUGAAGAUUUGUGUUCACUUGAAUGUAUAGAUGAAGAGGAUUCUAAUGAAGAUUUUGACUUGAGAGAUAUGGAUUUAAGAGUGGAGGUGGGGGAAAAUGAUUUGGAAAAUAUUCAAAAUAUUUCUAAUAAUGAAGAAAAGAAGGAAGACGAAGAAGAGGAGAAGGGAAAGAUGAUAAAAGAAGAGAAGGAAGAAGUUAAUGAAGAGAAAAUCGAUCAGGAGAAUGAAGAUGAUGAAGUGAAUGAUAAAAUGAAGGAGAAAAGAAGAGAAGAGGAAAGAUUGAUUGAUGAAGAAGGGGAAGAAAAUUUGGAAGAGAAAAUUGAAGAUGAGGAAAUGAAUGAGGAAGAAAAGAAUUCUAAUGAGGAUUUUGAUAUGAGGGAUAUUUAUUUGAAAGUGGAAGUUGAGGAAAAAGAGUUGGAAAAUAGUCUGAAUGAUGGGGAAGAAAAAGGGGAGAAGAAUGAAAGUUCUGUGGAAGUAAAGGAAGAGACUGGAGAGGAAAUAGAGGAGGAAAUGGAUGAAAGAGUGGCUGAUGAAGAAGGCGAUGAAGAAGAAACGGAGGAAGAUGAAGAGACAAAUAAUCAAAUUAGAGAAGAAGGAGGAAGAGAUGAUGAAAUAGUGACUAAGGAAGUAGAAGAGAAAGAAGAAAUAAAAGAAGAUGAGGAAAUGGAUGAAGAAGAAACGGAGGAGAAUGAAGAAAGUGUUGAUGGAGUAAUUGAAGGAGAAAAGGCUGAAGAAGAGAAUGAUGAAGAAAGGGACGAAGAAGUGAAGGAAGAAGGAAAAAAUGAUGAUGCAGAGAAUAAAGAAGAAAAAACAGAGGAAGAAUUGAGUAAGGACGAAGAAGAACUUGGUGAAGAAGAAAAGGGUUAUGUAAGCAAUGAAUUAAACGAGAAGGAAGAAAAUCCUUUUACGACCAGCGGCAAACGACAGAAUUUUGAGGAAAAAGAAAAAAGACAAGGGGAGGAUCGGGUUAAGGAUAAUAAACCUAAAGAAGAUGGAUGUCUUAGAGUUAUCUUAAAAGGAAAUUCUGAUUCAAAGGAGAAAGAAGAAAAAUAUAGAAGGAUUUUAGAAGAAAUAAGAAGCAAAAAGCAACGGGAAAAAGACGAGAAUAACAGAAAAAUGGCUUUAAAUGAAGUAAAGGAAUUGCCAAAGGAUAGUCAAACGAUAUCCAGGAAUAAACAUUUAACUUCCGUGGAUGUUCAAAAAAUGUCUGGAGAUAUUAAUAGAAUGAAUGACUACACUCAGAGAAAAUUUGAAGAUGGACAAAAAUCUUUUGAAGAUAAUAUUCCAUCAACAUCUAAUGACAGUCUAAUAACAUCUGAAACUAUCCAAUCAACUAGCAAUCAACAACUACAAACUCCUAGACAUGUCCGAGCAUCCUCAGUUGAUGUUUCUUCACCAUCCAAAAAUCUUCAAACAAAUUCUAAACAUGAACGAAAAUUAUCUAACGAAAUUCCUUCAGCAACCUCCACAAACAUUCAAAAAUCUAAACUCUUCAAAAAACCUCGAAUUGACAACAAUUUAAAUGAGACUUCAACAGAAACUCCUCUACAACGAAACAAAAUUAAAUUUAUUCCAUUAGGAGAUCUAAUUGUUAAAGACCGACGAUUGGAAAAAGUUGAUUAUUGCAUAAAAGCUAUUAAUUGUGCAAAAGAAGGGGUUUUAUUACCAAAAUUUAAAAUUAAUAAUUUAAUUAAUAAUUCUGAUAAAAAAGAAGAAAAUAAUGAAAAAGAAGAAAUUAAAAAUUCUGAUAAUAAUAAUGAUGAAUCUACACCUAUGGAAAUUGAAGAAGUUGGACAAUCAUCUAAUGAAGGCAAGUCACCGAGUGGAUUUAUUCAUACAACAAACUUUCCGCAAUUUGAACGAGAACAUUGGGGUGUUGGAAAUGUUUGGCAUCCACCACCUUAUCCACCGCCGUUAGCGUAUAUUAGACCUAAUCAUCAACCAUUUGCUGAGGACACUUUUGCUUCGAACCAAAAUAAUUUUGUGUAUAGAAGUUUUGAUUCUCGACCAUCGGGAGAUAUUGCUGGAAAUCGUGUGAAUGUUGGAACUAGUUCUUCUGUUGCUACAAAGGCUACAAAGUUAACUCAAACAGAAUUGUCUUAUCCAAAAGAUGAAAUUCUUGAGACUAAUUUAAAGAACAAAACAGACGAAAUAACAAAUUUACGUUCGCAACUUUCAAAAAAGGAGGAAGAAUUAAAUCAUUUAAAUUCAUUAGAAACUAGCAACAAAACUUUGAAAGAUCGAUUGGAGUCGAAAAUUAAAUUAGUAGAGGAAUGUAAAAAUCAUAUGGCUGAGGAUGGUGAAAAGAUUAAAAAAUUGGAAAAAGAAGUUGAAGAAUUAAAGAAACAAAAUUAUUUGCUUGAAUUGGAAAAGAAAAAUAAUAAUUCAAAAAAGGAGGCAAAAUCUCCGGCUUUAAUUAAAGCUGAAGAUGAAAUUAGACAAUUAAGAAAAGACAUUUCUGAGCAACGUAGAAAAACUGAAAAUGCUAAUGACCAGUUAAGAAAAAGUGACGAACAUUGUAAAAGGUUAACUGCCGAUUUAAAACACCAAAAGGAUCGUUAUGAUGAAUGGAGGAAGCAAACAAUAAAUAAUCACAAGAAGGAAAUUAACGAAGAAAUUAAUAAAAUUAGUGCGCAGUAUAAAAUUGAAAUUGAAAGGAUUUCUGAAAGUUUUUCUGUGAAACAAAGCAAUUCAAAUGCUAAUUUGAAAUCUCAACUUCAACUUAAGGAAUUUGAAAUUGAACGGCUGAAAGCUGCAAAUUCAGAGGAACGUAAAAUGUUUGAAGGUGAGAAGCAAAAGGUUUUGGACAAUUAUAAGAAGUUGGAGGAGAAUUUGGUAAAAACCCAUGCAGAAAACCUUGAGUUGCAACAAAUAAAUAAUAGCAAUUUUGAAGAGUGGAAGAGAAUUGAAUUAAAUCGGCACAUUAAUGGAUUUAAUAUGGAAAUUAUUAGAAUUAAAGAGGAAUACAAAAGGGAAUUAAAUCAAAGUUUAGAGAAGGAAAAGCAGACUGCUAAAAAGUAUUCAGAAUUAACGGAGGCUACAGAAGAACUGAAAAAAUAUGUUUUGGAAAAUAUAGAAGAAAUGCAACAACAAAAACAGGGAUCAAGUAACCAAAUUAUUCAAGAAAAUCCAUCAGAAAUUAAAGAAAAACUUGAGAAGGAACAUUCAAUGAAAAUGAAAAAUUCGUUGCGCGACAUUUGUGAAGAGCAACAUCGAAUUAAACUCAAAAAAGGGCAAUUAGAUUCAGCGAUCUUAACGCAACAAUGUGUUAAUUGUACUGCUCUUAAAAUUGCUUUUACUCAAAUGAAUCAAAAAGUUGAAAAUUGUUUGAAAAGUGGAUGUGAAAUUUGUAGUGGGAAUCGUUCUUUAGAUUCUUUAGAUUCUCAAUCUUCUAUCAAUUCUUCAAAUAAUCAACCUUCUCCAAGAACCCCACCAAGAAAUAAAGAUGUUAAUUUACGUGAAAAUCGAAAAAGAAACCAACAGGGUCAAUUAAAAUCAAAUAAUCCAAUGAUUACAAAUAAUGAUUCCUUGCAAUCUGCUGGUCAAGUUUUUAAUAAUUCUAAUGAUACUGGUCGUCAAACAGUGGAGAGUGCUACUUCAAGUUUGAUUUCAAUGACUCCAUCAGAUCCUCAACAAUUGGAAAUUACAACUGUAAUUGAGAAUGUUAAAGAAGAAAUUGAAGAUGUUGGACUUGAUGCACAGCUUGAACUUCAAAAUAAAAAUCUUGAGAAUAAUAUACGUUUUAUUCGUUCCAAAUCUGUCGCUGCUCUUUAUUCACCAACAACACAAACAUUCCCGACAAUGGUUAAUCAAGCAAAUAUUCAAACAUCUUCUCGUUUGGAAGAUUUUGUCAAUCCACAACCACCACCUCCACCAUAUUUACAAGCAAAUUCUGAUCCUCGAUUUAAUCAACAAUUUAAUUCUAUUGGAAAUACAACUAAUCAAGUAUUCCCUCAGGGACAACAAAAUCAGAAUUUACAGCAAUUGAUUUGUUCUUCUUCUGCACAACAACAGCAACAACGUCAAUUAAUAUAUCAACAACCAAUAAUUCAACAACAACAAAAUCAAAUUGCUUCAAAUAUUUCUUAUGUUCCAUCUCAUCCUCUACUUAAUAACCAACAAAUAUUACAACAACAAAAUAACCAUCCACAAUUUCAAAACAGACCAACAUCGCAACAAAAUAUUCAAAAUUACUUAAAUCAAAACGUUAGUGGAGUUCCUUUAAAUUCUGUUAUGCAACAGUUAUUUCAGCAACAAAUGAAUUCGCAGCAACAACAACAGCAACAAGUCCGUUUUCCACAACAAACAUUCAAUCAACCUCAAAAUCCAGCAAGACAAGCAAGACGACCUAAUGAUCCGAGAUUUCAAAGUUCGGAUAUGUAUGCUUUUUUGAAUAGUAUAUUGGAACAACAGCAACAACAAUCUCAAUCACAACAGCAACAACCUCAGGUAAAUAAUCCGCAACAAUUGCUUCAACAAUCUUCAACGGGGAAAAGUAAAUCAAAAAGGAAGAAAUAA